CCCACCAGUAUGCGAGCCCCCACGAAGGUGAGCCCACGGCCGCGCUGCCGGCUGCCCCUUCCGCCGCCGUCGUCCAAACCACCGCGACGGCGAUCGCACGAGCGGUGAUAGCGAAUCGAGAAGCUUCCCUUCCCGGCGGCCAUGUCGGCCUCGGCUACGGGUGCUGGUAGCGACGCCGCUGGUCCAGCGGAGGCGGGGGCGAGCAGGAGGGAGAAGCGGCGUGAGCGGAAGAAGGAGCGCCGCCGGAGGGCGCGGAGGGAGGCGGCGGCGCGGGCACGGGCGUCGGCGGAGGCGGAUGCGCUCGAGGUCGAUCCCGAGGAGGAGCGCCGCCUCCUCGAGCAAGAGGAGGCCGAGGCGGCUGCGGAGUCCGAGCGCGCGCGGCGCGCCUUCGAGGACGCCGAGCGCCGGUGGCUCGAGGCCGCCGCGGCGCGCGCUGCGGAGAAGGCGGCCGCCGCUGCUGCCGCGGCAGAGGAGGCCAGGGCUGCGGAGGCUUCCACUCGAGAGAAGUCUAAGGAUGAUCAUGGAAACGAGUCAGAAGAAGAUGGUGAAUGGGAAUAUAUUGAAGAUGGACCAGCCGAGAUCAUAUGGCAAGGAAAUGAGAUAAUUGUGAAGAAGAAAAAGGUUAAAGUACCAAAAGGGGUCAAGGAAAAGCCGCCAAUUCAAGAGGAAGAUAGACCUACAUCAAAUCCAUUCCCGCCACAAUCUGUAGCUUUUGCUGCACAGAGGACAGAACCUUCCAUGUCUGCUCAAGAAGUACUUGAGAAAGUUGCUCAAGAGACUCCAAAUUUUGGAACAGAACAGGAUAAGGCCCAUUGUCCAUUUCACCUCAAGACAGGGGCUUGUCGCUUUGGAGUGCGCUGCAGCAGGGUUCAUUUUUAUCCUGAUAAGUCAAGCACAUUGCUAAUGAAAAACAUGUAUAACGGCCCAGGCCUCGCUUUGGACCAAGAUGAAGGGCUUGAGUUCACAGAUGAAGAAAUUGAACAGAGUUAUGAGGAAUUUUAUGAAGACGUACAUACUGAAUUUCUGAAAUUUGGUGAACUUGCCAACUUCAAGGUAUGUAGGAAUGGAUCUUUCCAUCUUCGAGGAAAUGUUUAUGUGCAUUAUAAAUCAUUGGAUUCAGCUCUUCUUGCCUAUAGCAGCAUGAAUGGGCGCUAUUUUGCUGGAAAGCAGAUAACAUGUGAAUUUGUUGCUGUCACAAGAUGGAAAGCUGCCAUAUGUGGUGAAUACAUGAGGUCAAGAUACAAGACAUGUUCACAUGGAGCUGCUUGUAAUUUUAUUCACUGCUUUCGCAAUCCUGGAGGAGAUUACGAGUGGGCUGAUUGGGAUAAUCCUCCCCCUAGAUACUGGAUUAGGAAAAUGUCUGCUCUUUUUGGUCCUGCGGCUGAUACUAUGCAUGACAAGCGAAGUGAUACCCCAGAUUUUGAAAGGCCACAACGUUCAGACAGGAAAAGACUGAAAAAUUCCAGUGACAGGUAUGUUUCAAGAAGAUCCAUGGAUGAAGAUGCACAUCCACAUUCUUCCCGAGAUUAUUCACGUCCUAAACAAGAACAUGGUAGCCGCAGCAUGAAUUAUGAGUACAGUCAGCAUAGAAGAGGUUCUUCAGCAUCAGAUAGGCACCAAGGGCAGGAUACUGUAGAUACUAAUGGCAGACAGUUCUCAACCAUGGAAAAUGAAAGUCAUCCGCGCAAGCACAAACAUGUGGAAAGGCACAGAAGUGAUCAUGGUGAUGGAGGAAAAUAUGACGACAGGAUUAGGUCUAGGAAGCACCGAUCUGAUAGGCGUGAGCCUGGUUCUUCUGAUUGGCCUUCAGACUUAACUGAUACAGAUGUCAGCAAGGGCCCUUCAGGCGGCAAGUACAGUAGCAGGUAUGAUGAUCACGAAAAGAACAGGAGGAAAUCCUCGGAGGAUCAGAGCCUCGAAGGAUGCUGUACAGCGCACAAAUCAUCAGGGAAGGAACACAGGAGCAGAAGGGGCUCGAAACAUGGUACAGAAAAUGAUUAUUUUGACAAGAAAGAUGGUGGAAGAGGUAAAUCUAGAAAACACAGGGAUGGCAACAAAUACUCUGAUGACAGGUGGGUUGCUACAUAUAGCGAUGCUGAUUCAGAUGUUGAAAGAUAUCAGAGGUCAAGCAGUGGAGGCACUAAGUUUGGUAGGAAGGAUGAUGCUCAUUCAGAUGCAGAAGUUCGCCAUCAAAGAUCAAGUAGAAGAAGAAAGGAUGAUAAGAGAAGAAGGAAGACUCACAGUGGAAACAAGCAGCUCAGCACUACUGAAGAGGAUACCACAGAUUCUGACGCUAGAGAUUUGAGCUCUGAUUCAUGGAGUUGUAGAUCGAGAAGCAGUGAGGAGAAUUUUGCAACGCACAGAUCAAAGAGGAAGCGAAGUCGGAGUAAGGAGAAGUCGAGUAGCUAGUACACAUGUGCUCGUUUAGAGAGCACGGAUAACCCUGUUUUUUUAAAAGACUCGUUUAACCCUGCUCUGUUAUGGCCUCUAUAUCACUUGUUAGAAAUACAUGUGCAUCUACGGAAGUAUGUACUUUGCAUCUUGAUACGCAACAAUGUACAUUUGCCGUUGCGUUUAUUAGCUUUGUUCCGAAGUCCAGAUCCAUUCUUUC